AUGGACGAUAAACGUGGGCAUCAAUUUAAGCCAGAAGAUGAUGUACAAGGACCGGCAUACAGUGCUCCACACUUUGUUGGCUUCAACAAUCAAACUUUCGAUCGACAUCCGACUGGUGACGCUAUUCUGUUCAAAAAUUCAUCCGCACAAUUCGAAAUACAUAUUCGUAAUCAAAAAGUGUCUUUCCACUCAAAUUCAAGCCCGGCAGUUAUCAAAGCCAUCGCUAUUCGUGUUGGUGAUGAGAUUAUUCAGUACGCUGUAGAUCGUACUUUUCAGAUUGAUGGUAAACCGCACAAAUUAGAUGGUAUUGGUAUAGCCACUCCGAAAACACGCACCACGAUCAUUGAAGAAAAUAAAAAUACGUUCCAUGUGUAUACUACUAUUGGUCAUAAAGUAACCGUUUAUAACAGUUACGGUUAUAAUUUAAAUAUAACACUGAAACUACCUCGAGAGCAAGCUGUAAAUGGUGAACCUAGUCUUCUUGGCCAACUCAACGGAAAAUACGGGGAUAUUAUUGUUCCCACAAAAAGCUUUAUCUCUAUUGAUCAAAUAAACGAUACACAACGAGCUGCUGCUGCUAGGAGAAUCACUAAUAACGUGGAUGUAAGUAAGGAGGAAUUAACAAGACGUGCCGAAGAACUUUUGGCCCAACGAGGAAUCACUCAUGCGCCUACAGUUAAGAAUCUGGUAUAUGAUUAUUUGCAUAUUCCAGCUGAAAUACGUGACCAAGUCAUUGCAGAAAAUAUACCACAAGUUAAAGAACAAAUUACAAAGCGAGAAGAACUAGUGGAAAAACAAAAACAAGCGGGUUACGAUUAUUGUUCUCUCAAUGCUAUCAAAGGUCAGGUACAAGAAGAACAAGAAGAAGACGGAUAUCUUGAAAAACUCGAAAAAAGAAUUACUCAACUGGAGAGAAACAUGGCAAUGAUAUCAAUUACAACACCAAAUGCUGGAAAACGUCGAUUGGAAAAUCUAGAAGCAAGAAUUCUCGAACUCGAAAAACAAUUUGCGAAAUAA